AUCUGAAUCAGGUGUGUAGCUGGCAUCUCCAGACACGUCACAGCUCUGUCCAGCAGUGCUGCUCCAUUAAUUGAAAGCAGUCUACCUGAUCAAACACGUUUGAGAGGAAACAUGGGGACAGCGAUGCUUUUCGUCGGAUUGUUUGUAGUUUCUGCAUUUCUUUGGCACGGUGCGUCUGGUUCAGACGGAGUCUCGGUGUCAGUGAUGGAGGGAGAUUCAGUCACUCUACACACUGAUGUUAAAAUAAACCUACAAGAAAAGAUUAACUGGUAUUUUAAUGAUGUUCUCAUCGCUCGACUCAGUGGAAAUCUCAGUUAUUCCUGUACUGAUGUUCAGUGUAAUAAAGGCACUGAGAGAUUCAGAGACAGACUGAAGCUGAACAAUCAGACCGGAUCUCUGAGCAUCAGGAACAUCACAAUCACAGACUCGGGACUUUACAAAUUAAUCAUCUUCAGCAGCAACAACAGUGAUAGCGAAACGAUCUUCAAUGUAACUCUUCAAGGUGUGUCUGGUUCAGACGGAGUGUCAGUGAUUGAGGGAGAUUCAGUCACUUUAAACACUGACGUUAAAACAAACCAAACUGAAAAGAUUAACUGGUAUUUUAAUGACGCGCUCAUCGCUCAAAUCAGUGGUAAUCUCAGUUAUUCCUGUACUGAUGUUCAGUGUAAUAAUGGCACGGAGAGAUUCAGAGACAGACUGAAGCUGAACAAUCAGACCGGAUCUCUGAGCAUCAGGAACAUCACAAUCACAGACUUGGGACUUUACAAAUUAAUCAUCUUCAGCAGCAACAACAGUGAUAGCGAAACGAUCUUCAAUGUAACUCUUCAAGUUACUUUUCGCCCCCUAAAGAUCCUCCAGGAGCUGUUGUUUUGUGUUUCAUGUGUUUCUGCAGCUGAACGAGGUGAAAUAAGUGUGAAGGAGGGAGAAAAUGUUACGUUGGGUCCCGGUGUUAUAAAAAAACCAAUUGAUCCGAUGAGGUGGUAUUACAAUGACACUCUCAUCGUUGAAAUCACUGCUGACCAGUGUAAGACCUGGAGCGAUGAACAGGGUCAUAGUAGUAAUGAGAGAUUCAGAGACAGACUGGAGGUAAAUCAGACCGGAUCUCUGACCAUCAGGAACACCACGAACACAGACUCUGGAGUUUAUCAUCUCCAGAUCAACAGCAGCAGAUUCAGCGUCAUCAGGAGCUUCGGUCUCACGGUCACUGGGAGUGCAGUGCAACUUCCCACUCCAAAGGGGAUUGACUCUAAAGAUUCAGGUCCGCCUUCAGUAAAACCUGGCUUAUUCAGCACACGUGGUUUCGGGAAGAAGCUUUAUAAAGGGAGACGAGAUUAAAAAACAAAUAAGCGGAGUCAUCUGUUAAAAGUCCAAGGAUGAGGCAGGAAAACGUCACCAGACCUAACAGGAUCAGAACUGGAUUGUGUCUCUGCACUUUAGCUUCUGUUGUGGAGCUUUAACUUGAAUAACUUUAGGCCACACUUAAUCAUAAAGCACGCACUUGUUACUAGUUAUGGAGAACAUUAUCUGGACACUGCUUAUUCAUCUGGAAUAGGUUUACAUUUAGCAUGUAUGGAAUUUACUUCUGUGCCAAUUAAAAUGAAUGUGUAAUAUAAUUUGAAUAAAAUGUAAUUGAAACUGAUUAAAAAAAAAUGCAGGCAUAAUCUUUGACUCUGUUUUCAAUAAAAUGCAUGUUUUGCAA